AUGUAAGGCUUUAAAAUUUUAAUGAAAAAUGUCAAUCAUUUAAUUACUUUGAGAGGAAAUAAUUGUGCUUAUUGGGGAGAAAUAUACAAUUUGAAGAAAAUCUAAGUUAAGACACUUUCUUUUAAAUUAUUCCUAAAGAUAAUAAAAAUAUGCUAAGAAAUUCAAGAAGCUAUCAAAUCGAAUUUAAAAAAUGAUGACUAUCAAUCAUUUUAUCAUUUAAGGAAGGUUAUUAAAGAAUUAAAAGAAUAACUAUUAACAAAUAAAACAAUUUCAGGCCAUUUAGGACUCUCAACAAAUAAGUACAAAUUUUCUUUAAAAUAAUUCAGAAUAAAUGGCUGA